UUUAAAUUCUUCCGUCAGCCUGGAUAUUCGGCAUCUUUUUUCUUGGUUUCUUCCCAAAAUCAAACUCAUAAAAUUUCCGUCCAAUUUUAAAAUAAUAUCCGAUCCGUUGGGAUGAGCUAUACGAACCUGUUGCGCCAUCAGAAUGUGAUGGACGACAGCCAGCGUGUGAGUUGCUAUCGGGGAGCUGAGAACACCGCCAUCUAUGGACGCUGUGUGAUCAGCCGGGACAUUGUCCUGGGCUGCCAGAUGGAGGUGAGUGACCUUGAUCUGCCCGACAUUAUGGAGCCAACGUGGAGCGUCUAUUUGCGGGCGGGCGGCAAGGACGACGAUCUGGCGCGUUAUGUCCGCCAAGUCACCUUCCGGAUGUCACCGCGCCUCCCACUCCGCCUCCAUGUGGCGGACAGUGCUCCGUUCGAGAUUAGCGAGGUGCUGGCCAGCGACUUUCCCGUGGAGGUACAGGUGCAGUAUGUGGACCCCAGGAUGACGGCCACCACCUACAUGUUCAAGCCGCGGGUUGUGCGUGAGGGUCACAGUGGCAUGUGCGAAGAGAUGUGCGACAAAAUGAUCUUUGUGAAUCCCCCGGCAGCCAUGCGAGUGAAUCUGUCCUCAACACAGGUGUUGUCCGAAGUGGCAGUUGCUGAUCUCCGGAAGGCCAAGAAGGCCGCGGAAUCGAAUAGGGAGCUGGGUCUGGGCGAGGAGGAGCAAGUGGGUGAUGUGUCCCGGUCUCCAAAGUCGGACACGUUAACCAAGAAUCGCCUUAGGCUGAAUGUAGGGAUUUUGAAAUGAAAUGAAUGAGGUUCUGGUCCAGUAAAAGAGUAAUUAAAAAUUAGAUUUCCCAUUUAAAUCAUUUUAAAUUGGCAUA